GGGCGCGUUGUCACCCCGGAGCUCCCCGCGGGAGGCGGCUCUGCUGGCUCAGCCCCGAGCUGGAACGGGACCGCCGAGCCUGCACUCCGCACCCGCCUCACGCCAGCCAGGAACCCGCCACCCUCCCGCAGCGGCGGCGGGAGGAUGAACUUUAACCGGGACUGGAGGAUGCUGCGCGGGCUGCACUGAGCCCGCCACCCGGCGCCACUCGCACCUGCCAGUGAGAGGAGCAUCUGCGGGGCCGAGAGUCCAGGCGCUGCUGCUUUGUCCCCCCCACGCCCAGCCAUGGUGGGCGCGGGGCUCCGGGCUCAGCCCUCGCCUUGACAGCUCGAGAGACCCCGGCAGCGUCUCAGCCCCCUCCUUGCACGCCUCCCACCUGCGCCUCUCCCCCAGCCCUGGCGCGGCUGCCUGGAGCUCUCCCGCUGCCCGCUCCUCAGCGCCCGGAGCUGGCUUCCCUGUGCGUUCAGCCGGCUUGGGAUGAAGCCCUCCGCAGGGGGUGCCGCUAAGUGAAGCCCACUGGUCUCCUGGGGCUUCUUCGCCCUCUGCCCGCCGUCGUCCUCUCUCCGCUGGCUCCGAUGGGGCUGGAAGUGCCGCCCCUCGCCGCCCCCCAGACCAUGCUCUUCAAGCUGAGGAAAGUUCGCAAGCGGCGAGAGAUGCUGCUGCCGCAGCUGGGCUUCAUCUGCGCCAUCCUCUUCUUCGUGUGGUGCAUGUCCAGCCUGCUCUCCAAACUAGGACAAGAAUCCACUAUUACAGACAAAAAUGUUUUGUCAGAAAUAUGGAGGAAUAGAAGAUUGAUGGCCUCGCAUAAUGUGACACAUGAAGAAAAGAACUGUACAGAGCCAGCAAUUAAUGAAUUUCCUGAAGAUGUAUUUACAAAUAAGGAUCGGCAGGAGGGAGCAGUGCUGUUUCAUAUUAUUGGUGCUCUUUAUAUGUUCUAUGCCUUGGCUAUAGUAUGCGAUGACUUCUUUGUUCCCUCGUUAGAGAAAAUUUGUGAGAAAUUACAUUUGAGUGAAGAUGUUGCUGGAGCCACUUUCAUGGCUGCAGGAAGCUCGACCCCAGAGUUAUUUGCAUCUGUAAUAGGUGUAUUUAUCACUCAUGGUGAUGUAGGAGUUGGGACUAUUGUUGGGUCAGCAGUUUUCAACAUCCUUUGCAUUAUUGGCGUCUGUGGGAUAUUUGCGGGACAGGUGGUUCGUCUCACCUGGUGGUCUGUGUUUAGGGACUCAGUGUACUACACGCUUUCUGUGAUCCUUCUUAUCAUUUUCAUAUAUGAUGAGCAAAUAGAAUGGUGGGAGAGCCUUAUACUCAUCGUUAUGUAUUUCUUCUACAUACUUAUCAUGAAGUACAAUGUGAAGAUGCAAAAGUUGUUUACCAUCAAAAGCAUGAACGUUGGGAAUGGCAACACAGUCAGCAAUGAGCUGGAAGAUGUGAAGGGAAAGCAGCAAUAUGGCAAAAACCCGGUGGUGAUGGUGGAUGAGAUCAUCUGCUCCAGUCCCCCGAAAUUCCGCUUCCCUGAAGCUGGCUUACGAAUAAUGAUUACAAAUAAAUUUGGACCCAGAACCAGACUGCGGAUGGCAAGCAGGCUUAUUAUUAACGAGCGUCAGCGACUGAUCCACUCUGCCAAUGGCACAAGCAAAACGCUUCACAAUGGGAAACAUGAAAAUAUUGAAAACGGGAACAUCAUUGUGGAAAAUCAAGAGGAGGAGAAUGAGCAUGAAAACGCGUCUCCCUUUUCAGCACCAGAUGGAAAAAUGAACAAAGUCAAAUGGAUUUUCACGUGGCCAUUGCUAUUCCUGCUCUUUUGUACCAUUCCAAACUGCAGCAAACCCCGCUGGGAGAACUUUUUUAUGCUGACAUUCAUUUUAUCCACUUUGUGGAUUGCUUUGUUCUCCUAUUUUAUGGUGUGGAUGGUUACUAUAAUUGGAUACACUCUGGGGAUCCCUGAUGUUAUCAUGGGCAUUACUUUCCUAGCUGCAGGAACGAGUGUACCAGACUGCAUGGCCAGCUUAAUAGUAGCAAGACAAGGUCUUGGUGAUAUGGCAGUAUCCAAUACAAUAGGGAGCAAUGUAUUUGACAUUUUAGUAGGCCUUGGAGUACCAUGGGGCAUGCAAACUAUGUUGAUUGAUUAUGGAUCAGUGGUUAAGAUAAAUAGCAAGGGACUGGUCUAUUCGGUUGUGCUUCUGCUGGGGUCUGUAGCUCUUACUGUGGGUGGAAUCCAUGUAAAUAAAUGGAAACUUGACAAGAAACUAGGCUUCUACGUGCUGUUUCUUUAUGCCAUUUUCCUGUGUUUCUCUGUAUUGAUAGAGUUUAAUGUCUUCACCUUUGUCAACUUUCCAAUGUGCCGAGAAGAUCUUUAAAACAAGCCACAACCGUGAGAGGGGCUGACAUACUCUUGAUUCCUUGUGCUAUAAAUGAUAGGAGACAUUUUACAUUUCUACCUUCUCAUCAGUCAUCUGAUUUUCUUUCCUGCUUUGUCAUCCAACAAGCACUUUUACUUACCUGGAAGGAAAACAAACCUUUCUUUUAACAUGCUAGCUCAAGGCAACCAAAGCAUUUUCCUCUUUGGGUAUUGCUGCUCAGCCAUCCAACUUGUGGAUCUCAUGCAGAGCACUCAAAAGUCCGAUUUUCGUGGUGUUCUGCUGUGGUUUUCAUUCUCCUUAUGCAGACAGUAAUGCACCACAGUCAAUCGGAACAAGACUAGAAAAAACUCUCCUCUCUCUUUUUUUGACAUUUAUUGUCCAUGGAAGAAGAAGAGACUGGCUCAGAACUUUUCUUGACUCCAUUAAAGCAUCGGAGCUACAGGACCAGAAAGUCCGAUGCACAUAAUAUGGCAUGCACUGUUGUGGACAUAUGUUUUUCCCCUUCAAGUGCUCUGUUUAUAGAGGAACUGCAUUGACAUUUAUAAGCCUUUGUUGUGUGAUUUCUGAAUAUUUAAUCACUCUCUUUUUUAAAAAAAUGUGAAGAACACAUGAACAAUUUUACAGAGAAAGAAGAGAAAAUGGUUAAUAUCGUAUCACUUUUGAUGAUGCACACUAAGAGUAAUAGAAUCUGAAAUCUUCAAAAGAGAAAUAUGUGCAAAAUAUUCAUACUUGAAAAAUGUGUUUUACCAUCAACAAGGAAUAUUGUACAAAUAUAAACUAACAUUUGUGGAAUAUUAAAGCCGGUAAGUAACAUUUUGCAUUGGUACUAGUAAGCCCACUUGUAAUUUUACAAGAAACUAAAAGAUUAAUGCCAUGGGGCGCUCAGUUUCUAGUGGCAAUUGUUAUCUGAAAAAUAGAACAUGAACACAUUCCAGACCUUCUUGCAAUAUGAUGCAUCAGGGAUUUGGGGGGGAAUUUAUUUCAUUAUUAGUAUAUUAAUCUAGAAGCUGCUGCAUCUUCUCCAUUUUGUUUUGUUUUUGUUUGUAACCACAAACUUAAUAGAGAUGGGUACCCAACACUAAGUAGUGUAGAUAAUAAACAACUCUAACAAGAUCAAGUCUGUCAUGGGAACUAUCUCCUUGAUCAGAUUGUAUGCAGGAAGUUUUAAAGCAUGUCUUAUUUUAGAGCCAAAUUAUUUUAAACGCACAGAACCAGAUUUUGAUUUUCUUUGCACCUGUAUAAAUCUAGAUUAAAACAGUAACUCUGAAUUUUCCUGGGCAUAACUGAGAACAGAAUCUGGUCCAGAAUAAUGAGUAACAUUACCAAAACUGUGUAAUGUCACAGUUUGAAGUGGAGUUACAAAGAAGAUUCAUCAAAAGAAUUUAAUAUAUUUUGAAACUGCUACUUAACUCUAAAAUGUAUUUUAAAGUUGUAUAUGAACAAAACAUAUAAGGUUUCUAAAGAAGCACAAUUAACUUUAUACAUAGAUUUAUUUUUAUUUUUUUAAUGUUUAUAUAGCAAAACAUCUAUCAGAUUACUAAAGAUUUCAUGCAUUUUAAAUGCAUUAAUAUUUUGCACUUAAGAUUAUAUAUCAAGAUGCCCAUUAUUUGUCAACAAAAAUACUUUAAAUCCUUAGGAAAUAAAAUUGAUUAGAGAGGUUCCUUUACAUAUAUUAAAUUUAUCUGACUAAUAUGUGACCAAUAAUUCCUUUCGAAGCAAAGUUGCAUGCACAACCUUAAUUACCCCAGGCAAUGUGUUAUAAUUAAGGCUAUUUUUUGAUGUGUAUGGGGGUACCAAUUAAUGAAUGUAUUUUGCUGUUGAAUUUUAAUAGGAAUAGGAUCCUUUCAACACAGUCCUAAAGAAAAAGGGCAACAUAUCUGUUAUUUGUCUUACUGUUCUUUGUUACAAAUGUCAGUAUUAGUAACCAAGCUAAGUUUUUGAGUUUUCCCCCUCACUCAAGUGGUUGAACUCACCAAUCCUAAAGAUGGCAACAAAUGGCAUUUGAUUAAGAGGCUUUAUCAAAUAGGCAAGUGUGACCAGUAUGUGUAAGUCACUGGGAUGCAAAUGUAAUGGCAUUUAAAAUACCUUCACUGUGGUUUAACAUGGAAAGAGGUGGAAUCCAUGCACACCUGUGUUAUACUUAUAAUAUAAUAUAUGGAGAUAUACCUAUCUCCUAGAACUGGAAGGGACCCUGAAAGGUCAUUGAGUCCAGCC